CGGCGCGGUCUCCUCACGGCGGCGGCUCCAUUUUCUCCCGCUCCCUCAGCCCCGGCAGCGCCCGCCUCCCUCUCAGCCCCGGCCGGCGGAGGCGAGAGAGAAAGAAAGAACACAUCCCCUCCCUUUUUAUUUUUCGGCGCCGCCAUGAAUGAGGAGUACGACGUGAUCGUGCUGGGCACCGGCCUGACGGAAUGCAUCCUCUCUGGGAUCAUGUCAGUGAAUGGGAAGAAGGUCCUUCACAUGGAUCGGAACUCUUACUACGGAGGGGAAAGCGCGUCCAUUACACCCCUGGAGGAUCUCUACAAAAGGUUUAAUCUACCAGGAACUCCACCAGAAUCUAUGGGGCGAGGAAGAGACUGGAACGUGGACCUAAUUCCAAAAUUCCUUAUGGCUAAUGGUCAGUUGGUAAAGAUGCUGCUCUACACAGAAGUCACUCGCUACUUGGACUUCAAGGUGAUCGAAGGGAGCUUUGUCUACAAGGGAGGAAAGAUCUACAAAGUUCCUUCCACUGAGGCAGAAGCCCUGGCAUCCAGCUUGAUGGGCUUGUUCGAGAAACGCCGGUUCAGGAAAUUCCUCGUGUACGUGGCCAACUUUGAUGAGAACGACCCAAGAACUUUUGAAGGUGUUGAUCCCAAGAAGACCACCAUGCGCGACGUCUACAAGAAGUUUGACCUGGGGCAAGAUGUGAUAGACUUCACGGGCCAUGCCCUGGCACUCUACAGGACUGAUGACUAUUUAGAUCAACCCUGCCAAGAAACAAUCAACAGGAUUAAGCUCUACAGCGAGUCGCUGGCUAGAUACGGUAAAAGCCCCUACCUGUACCCCCUCUAUGGCCUUGGAGAGCUGCCCCAGGGGUUUGCAAGGCUAAGCGCGAUAUACGGAGGCACCUACAUGCUGAACAAGCCCAUCGAGGAGAUUGUGAUAGAAAAUGGCAAAGUGGUUGGUGUGAAGUCUGAAGGGGAGGUCGCUCGCUGCAAACAGCUCAUCUGCGACCCCAGCUACGUCUCGGACCGCGUGACGAAGGUCGGGCAAGUGAUCCGGGUCAUCUGCAUCUUGAGCCACCCCAUCAAGAACACAAACGAUGCCAACUCCUGCCAGAUCAUCAUUCCACAGAAUCAGGUCAACCGGAAAUCAGAUAUCUACGUCUGCAUGAUCUCCUCUGCACACAACGUGGCAGCCCAGGGGAAGUACAUCGCCAUCGCCAGCACCACCGUGGAAACCGCCGACCCAGAGAAGGAGAUCAAGCCAGCCCUGGACCUCCUGGAGCCCAUCGAGCAGAAGUUCGUCAGCAUCAGUGACCUGUUCGCCCCGACUGACUUGGGCACCGAGAGCCAGAUCUUCAUCUCCCGCACCUACGACGCCACCACCCACUUCGAGACGACGUGUGAUGACAUCAAAGACAUUUACAAGAGGAUGAUGGGAUCAGAGUUUGACUUCGAGGAGAUGAAACGCAAGAAAAACGACAUCUACGGGGAGGAGGAGCAGCAGUAAAUGAGCAUCUCUUUAAUUAGGAGAAAUUAAAAAAAAAAAUCGGCUAAUAUGAAUAUAUAAGGAACUUAAUGAACACUGUAUGAAAUUCAAUAUUGUAAGGCCUGCUUUUUGUAAUCCCAUCUCUGAGAGAUUGAAGAGUUACUGCACUGGUCAUGUUCCCCUUUUUUGGAUAUAUCAUGUGUUAAUGAUUUCAUUCUAGUAGGGUUGCUGUCCAGAAUCUGGCAAAUUACUGACUCUGAUCUAAGGACUAACCUGAAAGGCAGACUUGAACCUUGGCUUUUUAUUUCCUUUUUGUUUAGGUUGGGUUUUGUUUUUUUUUUUGUAGAGGUUGGUGAAAUAACUCCCUGCCAGCUGUGUCUUCCCUUCUCCUCUGAAUCAUUUGUCAGCCUCCCUCCCAACGCUGUGCUUCUGGUUGAGCUGGUCGAGGUGCCAGUUGUCACUCAAAACCCCCUGAUAUCAAGGCAAAAAAAAAUAACCAAACCACCCCAAAAAAACCAUAGAAACUGAGCACUCCAUUAUUGUGGACAGCAUCCCUAAAAAAAAAAAAAAACAAAAGGUCUCUUCCCAUCAGUCUUCAAACUCUCGUGGCAAGUUGUGUUAUGGACAGAGCCCACAGCUCUUGUAGCAGCAAAACCUUGGCUUAGUUCUGGGCACGGAACGUCACCUCCACUUCAGCUUCUCAACACUGUUGCCAGGGGUGGGGACACAGCUGUGCCUGAGGCUCCUUUGUGUUUUAAUCUGAAUAAAAUUGAGAGAACAAAUUACAGAGCAGGCAAGAUGUGGGAGUUAUUUUUCUGUAUCCCCUGGGCUGGACCAAACGGCGCUGCGGUAUCGGUCUGACAGAGCCUGUGGUGCUUCUCCUUGUCUCCUGAAGGCUCCACAUGAUUUCUGUACUGCGAAGUAAAGCCAAAUUCUGGAAACCA